AUGGAGUUGUUUAUUUUUCUUGGAAGAACAGGAGGAGAGGAGGCAAGUCUUGCAUCAGUGUGUUUGUCCCUGGAGAGCCAUUAUUGUAACUCUAGCCUCAUGAGGAGGCCAUCUUGUGGGAUGGGACAGCUGCCCUCAGUGUCCCAUGGAUGGACCACUUCAGACAUGGAGGCAAGGCAGGCAGCCUUGCCUAAACAGGGGGCUCAUCAGUAUGGAUGCUCCUGCCCUCAAGAACACAACCCUCUGGCCCUACACAACUCAAAACUAACUGCCACUCAAUCCCUGUGGCAUGGGGCUUUGGCUUGA